AGCAAAGCUGUCGCGUGUGCGUACAUGCGUGUGUUUAUAAAGUUGUGGAGGAAUGGGUGAAAUGGAAAGACGUCCGUGUCGCAGGCUACAGCUUUCAGCCGGCGUGAAGGAGUAGGAGCCACCGAUCCAUUGACACGUGAAGGACUCUUAUCUGGAUUUCACCAUAAAAGCAGUGACUAUAAAAUCAGGUUUCGAGUUAUUAUGACGUCAAACGGGAAAUAUGCAGACAGCAUGCAGGACCCUCUGUUCAUUGAGGAGAAUGAGGAGUUGUACAGAAACCCCACCGAGUUGAAGAUGAGUCAGAUCGUGCUGCCAUGCCACGCCAAUCACCGUGGGGAGCUGAGCGUGGGACAGCUGCUGAAGUGGAUGGACUCCACGGCCUGCUUGUCUGCUGAGAGACAUGCAGGUUGUUCCUGUAUCACUGCAUCUGUGGACGACAUCCAUUUUGAACACACCAUAGGGGUCGGAAAGGUCGUCAACAUCAUAGCAAAGGUCAACAGAGCCUUCACGUCCAGUAUGGAGGUGGGCAUAUUGGUGAACUGUGAAGAUCUUUACACCGACAGGCAGUGGAAGGUUUGCCAUGCUUUCGCUACCUUUGUUGCCAGACGAACUGAAGCGGGGAAGGUACAGCUGAAGCAGGUGCUUCCUCGCACACAAACGGAGCAGAUGGAGUACAGCCUGGCAGCAGAGCGGAGGAGGAUGAGGCUCAUCCAUGCUGAGAUCAUUACAGACCUACUGAGCAGCAGCACAGCUCAGCUGGGAGAAUGCCAGGAGUACAAGGACGCUGUGCAGGCUGAGCGGACACGGGUGGAGAGUGUGGAGCUGGUGCUUCCGCCACAUGCCAACCAUCAAGUCAGCACCUUUGGGGGCCAGAUCAUGGCCUGGAUGGAGAAUGUGGCCACAAUUGCAGCAAGUCGCUUGUGUAACGCUCACCCGACCUUGAGGAGCAUCGACAUGUUCCAUUUCCGUGGCCCGUCUCACAUUGGGGACCGACUGGUACUGAAAGCCAUCGUUAACAAUUCCUUCAAGCACAGCAUGGAGGUGGGAGUGUGUGCGGAGGCCUACCAGGGUGGAGAACCUCUGCGCCAUAUAAAUAGUGCUUUCAUGACCUUUGAGGUGCUGGACGGUGACAGGAAGCCGUGCACGCUACCACGGAUACGACCUGAGCCUGUGGAUGGGAAAAGACGUUAUCAAGAAGCUGUUGCAAGAAAGAAGAUUCGCCUUGAUAGGAAAUACAUUAUCUCCUGCAAGCAGACUGAGGUGCCCGUCUCUGUACCCUGGGAUCCAAGUAACCAGAUGUACCUGAGCUACAAUAAUGUAUCAGCACUGAAACUAAUGGAUACCAGAAACAACUGGGUAUUAACGUCUGAGAAAAACAAGGUCAGACUGUACACACUGGAGGAAAACCACGUGCUGUGUUUCAAGGUGGAGAUGAACGUCAACGUACCGGCAGAGCAGACGUUCCACCUGCUGUCGGACCUGAGGAGGAGAAAGGAGUGGGACCGGCACUAUGAGGAGUGUGAUGUGAUCAACCAAGCAGACGAGGAGGACACUCUCUACCGCGUGGCUACACCGUCUGUUAGUAAAGGGGGCAAAGGCAAGGACUUUAUCCUGCUGGCAUCCAGGAGGAAACCAUGUGACGCCAGUGACCCAUAUCUGAUCGCUCUGCGUUCUGUCACUUUGCCCACCCACCUCCCCACUGAGGACUACACUAGAGGGGAGGUGCUGUGUGCUGGCUUCACCAUCUGGGAAGAGUCCAGCAAUGUCACCAAGAUCACCUACUACAACCAGGCCACUCCGGGCGUCCUCCCCUACAUCUCCACAGACAUCGCUGGCUUGUCCUCCAGCUUUUCGAGCACCUUUUCUGCCUGCAGUCACUUCCUGGAGGCCAACAAGGACAGCCUGGCUGCUCUGCCACCCUCUGCACUGUGACACAACACCGCCGCCACCGUCUCCCUCACGAGAGGAGCAGUAGCAUCAGUGGGAUCGUCUCACUCUGUCUUCGUCCCAUUUCACUUUUGUUGUUGAGGCUCUCUGGGAGCCCAUAGUUGAAUGUAAGUGUCCCACACUGAGAUUACAAACUUCUUUGCAUUUGUAGUUUCUUUCAAGUCUUUAAAACAUCGGUUAUCACUGUAUGACUUUAUUCAUUCUUUAAAUGAGAGAAUUUGUCUUUAAUAAUCUAAAGCAAUACAGUGUAUACAUUGUUUAAAAAUAACUUGUUUUUUAGCAAGAUUAAUAGGUAUGAAGCAAGAGUGCACAAUGUUUCUGAGUGUCUUUGGGAUUUUAAGCCUCUUAAGUUUUAUUAGAGCUAAUUUAUUAUGGCACACUAUCUGUGUUGUAUUAAUUUCUAGAUCAAUGAAUUGUGUUUUGGUACAUUUUGGUUUAAGUAUUUACUACAAUCUCGGCAGUCUGUUAUCUUGAGACAGUCAUUCUUUUAAUGGUGUUUCGAGUCUUUAGGUUGAGAUGUUUCAACCAGUCUCCUUUGUUAUAGUUUAUUUUCUACCUCCUGAAUAAUGUCUUUUGAAUUAUUUGAAUGAGACUUUGAAUAUGAGUGAGCCAAGAUGUACAUUGAGUGUGUGUGUUAUGAUGCUGUUUUGAGACAACGAUGUAUAGUUUUAUAGGUUAACUCUUGCACUGAUUGUAAAGUAUGUUGACGUUCAAUGGCCAAGUAUCUCACAUGUCAAGCUGUCUUGAUUUUUAACUGAAACAAUAAACACAAUAGACCAGUGGAUUAUGCUCAUUUAAACUGUUGUGUUGGU